GUCGGUUUCCUCUGUGCAGUUUGAAUUUCCCAACGAGCACCAUUUGUGUAUCUGGUGGAGGAGCGUCGCGCCCAAAUCAGGUUAUAAACCAUGAGCUGGGCGGUGGAGGAGUGGAAGGAUGGACUUCCAGGGAAAGCCCUGCAGAAGAUCCGGGAGAUGGAAGUCCAGCUGGACAAAUUGAAGAAGGAAAGGUCCCAGAAGCAGUUUCAGCUCGAUUCCUUAGAGGCUGUCCUGCAAAAGCAGAAACAAAAGGUGGACAGUGAACGUACAGAGACCUCUGCUUUGAAAAGAGAGAACCAGGGUUUAGUAGAGUCAUGUGACUCUUUGGAGAAAGCCCGUCAGAAGGUUGUCCAUGACCUCGGGGUCAAAGAGCAGCAGGUGAGCUACCUGGAGGGUCAGCUGAACUCCUGCAAGAAGACCAUAGAGCGACUGGAGCAGGAGCUCAAGAAGUACAAAAAUGAAUUGGAUCGUUCUCAGCCCGCUGGCUCUUCCUCCUUGUCAUCCUCUGAGCUUCAGCCUUACACUACUCCACAGAAAAGUUUCUCUACCCCAGCUCCUGUCCCAGCCUACAGACAGCAUGAUAACAGACUGGAGGAGCUUCAGGAGAAAUACAACCAGGAGGUAGAAGAAAGAAAAAGGCUGGAGACUGAACUCAAAGUCAUGCAGGUCAAAAUGUUGAAUCAGUCAUCAGUCUGUGUAAGUCACAAGGACAUUGCUGCCCGCCAAACUGGAUCGUCCAUAUUUCCAUGGCAACAAGAUUCAGCCCACACCCGCCAGUCUCAGGAUGCAAUGGAAACGCCUCUGAAGAGGCGAGGGACAUCUCUGUGGAACGCCCACGAGGAGACGCCGAUCAAAGCCAGCCAGAGAAUGAGCUCUUCCAUAGCAGUGCCGAGUCCCAGUGGAUCCUCCCAACAGAUGGAGCAGCUGAAGACUCUCAACCAAGAGCUGCGUGGGCAUGUGUCAGAGCUGGAGAGGAAUCUGUCCAGUCAGGAGAAGGAAAUUCGUAGUCAGGCCUCCAAGCUGCAAGAACUACAAACCCAACUGAACCAGGCCCGCAAGGACCUGACCGAUCGGGACAGAGACCUGGCCAAGACUCGUCAUGAGCUGAGUCAGGCAACAGACAGACACCAGCAGGUGGAGGCCAAGUGUUGCUCAGUUGAGCAGAAGCUGAAACAAGUCACGGAGGAGAUGAGCUGUCAGAGGCACAACGCCGAAAGCUGCAAACGUGCCCUGGAGCAAAAACUCAAGGACCAAGAGAGAGACAGUCAGAAGGAGCUCGCCCAGCUCCAGGGUUCCCACAAGGCUUUGGAUCAGCAGCUGAACCAGACCAGAACCAAGCUAACGCAGGAGAUCCAACAGUCCAAAAAGGACUAUAACAUACUGCAGGCUGACAUGGAGAAGAUUAACUUCCAGAAGACUCAGAUGGAGAAGGAGGUGGAGGAGCAGAAACAGAAACUGCUGCGGUCAGAGCAGAGCCUCCAGGCCAGUCAGACCAAAGAGCAGGACAUCCGCAAGAAAAUGGAGGAGCUGCAGAGAGAUAAGAACAGUGUGACUGUCCAGUUGGACCAGAGCAGCAGGCGUCUGUCUCAGCUGGAGGAGGAGAAGAAGAGCGGAGACCAGAACUUCAAACGCACCCAGGGACAACUAGAUGACCUCAGAGCAAAAUCAGAGGGACAGGUGGAAGAGCUCAAGAGACUUCAGUCAAAACUGGAGAAGCAGACAGAGGCUUCAGCCCGAGAGCUGGACAACUUGAGGAAGACUCUUUCUGAUGCAGAAACCAAAAAUGACAGGUCUCAGAAUGAACUUGGGAAACAGAAACAGGAGACGGAGAGACUGACCAACAGGUUGACGGUUCUAGAGAAGGAGAGCCAAGACCUGAAAUCCAAUUUGGCUGCGAGUCAGACUGAGUGUAACGAAGUGAGACGAGAACACCAAGCCCUGCUGGACUGGAAGAAAGAGAAGGAGGUCUUGAUUAAUGAAACUGAAGCUGUGCAAAAGGAGCUCACAGACAAAAUCAGUAACUUGGAAAACAGUCUUAGUUCACUGAAUGAAGCUAAUGAAGAACUUAAGAAGCAGCUCGCGGGUGUAGAGGGAGAUAAGGCCAGUCUGUCGGCUCACGUCGAUUCCUUGAAGGGAGAACUCCUCGACAAGAGCAUAGAGUUGGAGCAGAGGGAGAACGAGAAGAGGCAGCUCCUGUCUCAACUCUCUGAGGCUGGACAGAAGCACACCAAAGAUCUGGAGAAUGUUAGUGUGCAAGUGGCACAACUCGAAGCUCAGGUCAAAGAUUUGGAGUUGCAGUUGCAGAAGGAAAUGAGUCGAGCAGAACAAGCUGAGAGGAACAACACAGAGCUGCAAAAUGAGCACCAGGCAGCCUGCGACCUGGUCCACUCCAAAGACCAGCUGAUGGAGCUGGGCCAGGCUGAGAUCAGCCAGCUGAGAGAGAGUCUGGCACUUUCCACUGCACAGCAGGAGGCGCAAAUCCUCAGCCUGGCAGAAGAGAAGGCGUCCUUGCUGAAGCAUUGUGAGGAAAGUGUUUCAGCAAAGUCUGAAGAGACGGAGCAGAUCAAGCUGCAGCUGGAGGAAGCACAGCAAGAGCUGCAGCUCACCAGAAACCAGGUCAGUUCCAUGGAGAAAUUCCUGAAGGUCCAGGAGCAACUGGGAGCUGAGCUGCAGAAACAAAUUAACUUACUGACAGAAAACGAAGAGCAACACAAGAAGAUGUACGAUAAAAAGUCAGAUGAUCUCAAACUGUUAGAAGAGGAGCUGAAGGAUCAGCAGGGCCAGACGGAAGAGAAGGAGAAGCAGCUCAGAGAGGCUGAAGCUCAGAUGCUGUCUAUGGACAAACAGAAGGCGGAGCUGGAAAAUGCAGCACAAGAGAUGAGGAAAGAUGCGGAGAUUUCCCAGCAUGUUCAGACUGAGAAGAUCAACCAUCUUCUGGAGCAGAUAUCUUCCUUAGAAGAAAAGGUAGCUGCGAACAAAGAUGCAGCAGAGAAGCUUCCAGUCUUGAAGAAUGAGCUGGAUGUGGUCAACCAAUCCCACGCUGACCUUAAAACGUCUCUAGAAGCUCUACAGAAGAGUCACUUGUCCACAACUGAAAUCAAGACCAACCUGGAGAACAUCCUGACUGAGAAGAGUAGCCUGGUCUCUGCUUUGGAAAAAGAGGUAAAAGAUGUCAGAGAGAAGAUGAUCAAGGAGUCAGGGAGUCAUGCUGUGGAGAUAAAACAAUUCCUCAACAAAGAGAAGAGCUAUAAAGAGCAGCUCGAAGCAGCCAAAAGAUUGUGUCGAGAGGAGAUAAAGACCAUGAAGACGACUCUAUCUGCCGCCUCACGCGGUUUGGAAGAGAGAGACAACACGAUAAAGAGUCAGAAGGAGAAGCUUAAUAAGGCCGAGGCAGAGCAGGCCAAAACCUCAGAUCUCCUGAAGGAGAAGAUGGUCGCCAUGAACAAAAUCAAGGUUCAGCUGGAGAUGCUCCAAAUGGACCUGGAGGACAACGAGGCGGCCAUGAACUCUUUUGACAGUCAGGUGGAAGAGCUAAAGGGGACGAUAGAGUUACUGGAGGCACAGCUCGCUCAGAACCAGACCCAGAUGUCUGACAUGGAGGUCAGGCUGGAGGACAGCAAAGCCCAGGUCUCUGUCUUGGAAUCCCGCUUAGAGGAGGUUCAAUCCCAGAACUCUGUGCUGGAGACACAGUAUGUCACAGCGAAGGAGGAGUUGUUUGAGAGGAGCUGUGAAAUCACUCGCCUGGAGGAGGACGCUUUCCAGCGAAACCAGCUGGAGGAGAGUGUUGCUGCGUUAGAGUCUAAAGUCGGACAGAUCACAGCGGAAAAUGUAAAGUUAGAGAAAACUCUGAGGCAGGUACAUGAAGACAAAGAGAACCACCUCAACAAGUUUCUUCAGGAGAAAAACAGCCUCGUGGCUAAUUUGAAACAGUUAACAGACGACAAAGAGCAAGUAGAAAAUGAAAUAAUUCAAGUAAAUGCAGAGAAGAGACAACUGGAAGCCAGUUUAGACAAGCUGUCAGAGGAGAACGAGCGACUGCAGAACAACGUUAACCAGUUGACUGAAGACAAGCAGCAAACAGAAGCAAAGAUCAAUCAAGCGUCUGCUGAGAUAUUUGAAGCUGAAUCCUCUGUUAGUCGAGUCACCGAGGAGAAAGCAGAGCUAGACGUUGCCCUCAGCCUGAUGAAUGAGGAGAAACUCAAAGCUGAGGCCAAACUCAGUGAAUUAACUUCUGAGAAAAAUGCUUUGGUUUCCAACUUGACCCAAGUAGUUGAGGAAAAGCUUCAGCUGGAAAUGAAGCACAGUCAGCUGACUGAAGAGAACAUCCAACUACUCUCGGGUGUGAAUCAGGUCAUUGAAGAGAAGCUGCAGUUAAAAGAAAGCACAGAGAGACACGAGGCGGAGGUGGCUGCACUCAAAGAGGAGAACGAGUUCAUCCGGGGCUCACUCCAGGCUUCGGAGCAGGAGCACCAGAGGCUGAAGGAGCAGCGCCAGAUGAGGGAUGAGAGGACGGAGGAGGAGAACAGAGAGAGGAGCCACCAGUUUGAGGCAGAGCAGUCCAGACUGCAUCAGAAGCUGGCAGGUUUACAGUUGGAGCUGACUGUAUUCAAGCAGCAGUACGAGUCACUGCUGGAGCAGGUGGACCAGCAACACAGUCUCAUACAGCAACUCUCAGAACCACAGGGAACCCAGAGGCCCGGAGUAAACAUCAGCCACACUGAGUCUGAGGAGACAGAGAUUGGUGAGGAAGCAGCGGGACAGAUUGAUGAGGAGCCGACAAUUGCAAAUACUGAUUCCCUCCCAGUAAAGGAACAGCUGAGCCCGAUGGUGUUUGACCUAGAUGAACUUUCCCACCUGUCUGACGAGGCUUUCCGUGAGACAAAGUUGGUCUUUGUGGACGACGUCGCUGAGCAAGAGAUGAUCCAGGAACAGUUGGAGGAGGAGAGGCAGGCAUGUGUGGCCGAUGAAGAAGAAAUGAGGAGUAUUGAGGAGCAGCUAGUGGAACAUCAAGAGAAACCCAUAGAUCAGGUUCCUGCAGACAGCAGUGGUCCCAGAGAUGCUCUUGAAAAUGAACCUGAAGUCUGUGAAAUUUCUCGACCCACGUCCUUCAGAGAGACCGAAGAAUUAAAAUCCUGUGACUCAUACCAGGGACAAGAUGACGACGCCCACAACAAGGAGAUGACUGCAAAACAGGAAAAUGAGCUCCAGGCUCUGCGCUCCGAGCGUGACCUCCUGAGCUCUGAACUGGCACUGAGAAAAGAGUUGACAUCUGAACUGGAAGUCCAAGUUCAAAACUUGGAAAAGAAAUUUGAUGCAGCCAAGGACGAAGCACAUGGUGCAACACAUAAACUGAACGCUGCCCUGAAGGAGAAGAAAGAUCUUGCCCAUCAGUUGGUGCAGCUGUCGGAGGAGAGGGAGACAUUAACUCUUCAGCUACAAACCUCUAAAUGCCAGCUGACUGAUGUUAUAGAGAUGCUGGAGGGACUGGAAAUGGCCAAGGGUGGAUGGGAUGAAAAGUUCCUUCAGCAGGAGAGUGAGUUGAAGAGGGUUCGCUCUGAGAAAGCUAACCUGGAGCAGCACAUCCUGGGCAUGGAGUCUGAGCUGGAGACCCUGCAGGAGGAGAGGACCAGACUGAAGGAUGAGAUGGAGACCCAGAGACGGACGUGUUCAGGCAUGGAGCAGCAGAUAGAAACACUCGUGAACGAGACAAGCCAGCUGAGAUCUGAGCUUGUGUCCUGCACUGAGGAGCGAGAUGAGCUGUGCCAGUCUUUGGGGCAAUGGAGAGAGAAAGUUCACAGUCUGGAGAAGUCAAACUGCGACACCAGGCACCUAAUUUCCAUCCUGGAGGAUGACAUCAGAGCAGGGAGGAAGGAGUAUGAAGCCCUGCAGGGCAACAUGGAGAAACUGAAGGCCGAGAGGCAACAGCUGUUGGAGAACAUACAGACGCAGGAGCAGGCAAUCUCUGAACAGAGUGGAGAGAGAGAGGAGCUUAUCGGCCAUCUUAACCAGAUCAAAGAAGACCACACCUCUGCCAAUGAAAACACUGAGUCCAUGGUCAGCAAGAUACAGGCUUUAGAGGGAGAAGUGAGUCGUAUCACGCAGUCCCUAGAGUCCUCUCUGCUGGAGAAAGGAGAGAUCGCCUCUCGUCUGAACUCCACACAAGAUGAGGUCCAGCAGAUGAGGACUGGCAUUGAAAAGCUUCAGGUCCGCAUCGAGUCAGACGAGAGGAAGAAAAGGAAAAUGGGAGAGCUGCUCAAAGCUGCCCAGAGAAAGUCAGACUCGCUGCAAGAUCGCAUUGAUACCCUGGAGCGAGAGAAGGAAGAUGUCGAGCAAAGUCUAGAGGAAGCUUUUCUACAGGCUGAGACAACCAAAGCUGAUCUGGAGGAGGAAAGAAGAAAGGUGGAGGAGGAGAAGAGACAGCUCAGCGAGAAACUAUCAGAGCUCUCUACCAUGCUGGAAAACCUGAGAUUGGAGAAAGAACGCUUGGAGAGAGAGUUGGAUACAAAAAACCGAGAGAUAGAGGAACUGAAGGCUGUUAAGGAGGAGCUUGAGAGAGGAUUGGAGAAGGCAGAAGUAGAUAGGAGACAGGAAGAGGAGAGACAGAAAUACAUGGUAGAAGAGCUCGAGAAAGGGAUGAGAGAGGAAGCUGAGAGGCAAAUCAGACAAGUAGACGACCUCCAGGCGCAGCUGGAAGCCUCUCGGCAGAGGGAGGUCUCACUUGAACAAAAGAGUGCAGAGUCCGAAGGGGAGAAAGACAGGGUGCAGUCUCUGCUGGUAGAGUUACAGAAAGAGAAGCAUUGUCUGCAGACGUCUUUAGAGGACUGGCAGACAGAAGGAGAGAGGCUCCGCUCUCAGGGAGAUGAGUGGCAGAAAGAGAGAAACGACCUGAGGACCUGUAUUGGGACUUUGGAAGAAGAAAUUAAGGAGUUCAAAAUGGUCAUAAAAGCUAAAGAGGAGGAGAUUGCAAUUUUGACUGAAAAAGAACAGAUAGAAGGAGAAAAUGGCCGAUUGGUAGAGGAAAAAGAGAAACUCCAAUGCACCCUAUUGACAGUGGAAGAAGAUAGAGAUAACCUGCGCUGCACUCUUUUAUCUGUGGAAGAAGAGAAAGAAAGACUGGAGCAAGAGAGAGACAUGGUCACUAAGGAGAAAGAGAAGCUUCAAUCUAGACUUUCUUUGAUUGAGGAUGAGAAACAUGACAUGCAACAAACUCUUUCUUCACUCAAGCAAGAGAAGGAAGGACUAGAGGAGCAGACACAGAAGUUAGACGCCGAAAAACAAGAAUUGCAGUCUUCCCUUACUUUGAUUGAAGUAGAGAGAGAGAACCUGUGCUCAGCUCUGACUACCCUGGAAAAAGAGAAGCAAAGAGCAGAAGGAGAGAGAAAGAAACUCGCAGAAGAACAAGAGAGUCUUCAGACAACUGUUGCUUCUAUGGAGAAAGAGCUGGAAACGCACAAAGUGUCUGUUGUACAGUUCAAUGAUCAGGUGUCGGAGCUGACAUCCCGUGCCGCUCGUCUUUCCAAAGAAAAAGACUCCGCUCUGAGCAAGAUGACUCUCUGGAUGAAAAACUGCAAACAGCUGGAGCAAGAGAAGCAAAUGAUGUUAAACAGCCCAGGUGAUGGAAAGAACAGCGGACAGUUGCAGACGGAGGAAAAACAGCUGAAGAUCGAGUCACAGGAAAAAACCAAGGAGGUGGAAGAACUGAGGGAUGCCCUCGAUGAAAAGAAGAGGGAAUUAGAAGAGAGGGAUAAGGUGCUGGAGGAGUUCAAGAGUGAGUUGGAUGAAGUGAAAAACCUUCUGGAGGAGAAGAGCACCGAGGCCGAUGAGAGCAUGGAUAAAUACUGCAGCCUGAUGGUUGAAGUCCACAAACUGGAAGAGGCCAACAACGCACUGACGACGCGGAUCGAACAGAUUACCACUAGCCGACGUGCAAAUGAAGCUACCGCCGGUACUCCUCGCUCCCGGCGCUCAGCGCGAAAGUCUUCCACCAGACGCGAGGAAGAUAAGAUGCAUGACAACACUGAGAACAUGGUUCCCUCAACACCUCCGAGGUCUCCUCAUGGGUCGUCAUCAGGGAAACGGGGGCACCGUGACAUUAAUGAUAAAGACAGCGCCCAGGAGGCCCUGCACAACCUGACAAAGAAGAUCAAAGCUAACGCAGUGGCUACACCCAAAUCAAGAACCGGACAGGAAGACGAGUUCAGGCCAGAGGGACUUCCUGAGCUGGUGCAGAAAGGCUUUGGUGAUAUUCCGCUGGGGGAGGCGAGUCCAUUCAUCGUGAGGAGAACCACAGUGAAGCGCUGUAGUCCAAGGCUGGCUGCCAGGCCGAGUGGUGCCGCAUCUGCACCUGACGGCAAGGUUUUGGGGCCCACACCUCUCCCGAGUCCUUCUGCAGAUGACUCCAACAGGAAGUGUUUUUCCCCGAGCUUACUGAAGACACCUGAGCAGAAAGAGAAACAAACGCAACAAGGAGACAACUGUCAUGUUCAGUAGAUUGACACACACACACACACACACACACACACACACACACACACACACACACACACACACACACACACACACACACACACAGUCUUGACCCUGUGAUAUAUUUCAUAUAUUUAUAAACACAUUCACAAAGGUUAAUGCUCCACUUUUUUUUUUUAUAGAAAGACUCAUUGAACUUGAAAGUAACAGCACCCAUUUUAAAGUGUGUGUACUUGUACUUGUAUCUUUGUGAGGACUGUCACACCCUACAGAGUGGGGACAUUUUGUCUGGUCCUCACUGACACCUAUGGUGAUUUUAGGAUUACGGUUUUUAGGGUUCAAGUCAGAAUUAGGUUGAGGUUAAUGUGUUUGUAAGUCACCUGGUGGAGUGGGGACAUUUUGGCCAAUCCUCCCAGUUAUAAAGGGCUGUUUGAUGGUUAACACUUGGUUUUUAGCUUCAGGUUGGGAUUACGUUUGGGUUAGUCACUUUGUCAGUUGUGAUGGUUAAGUUCAAGGGGUUUGGGAAUACAUUACGUCAAUUUGUGUCCUCACAAAGACAGAUGUACAGGUAUGUAAGUGUUAAAUCACUUUCAAGCAGGACUGCCAAAGCUACACUUCACUUGAUCUCCUCAUUCUCUGUUGGCAGCCAAAGUCAUGAGUAAUAAAAGAAAUCACCAACUCCAGUGAGAUGAUGAGGCAGGUUAACAAGGAGCAGGCUAACAUCCAGUUCCUGAUUUUUUUUUCUUGGCACUAUUUUUCAUUUUAAACUCUUUUUAAACAUUUUUAAAGAAACUGUCUGUGACUUUGAGAUGUCAGAUUCGUGUUUUAGAAUGAAUGUUUGUUUGUUUUUCCUCUUAAUGUAUCCUCAUCUCUUCACUUCGUAACAAUCUCUUUGUUUAUCUUCACCUCUGACUCACUGGUUGUAUAUUUUUAGUCUUUUGUUCUGUUCUCGUCUUAUUGAUGCCUGAGUAAUGUAUUAUAUCCACAUGAUUCACUAAUAACAGCUACGCUGUCCUGUAACAUACCAGCCAAAUGCUAAUGGCAGCUAAGUUUGUGUAGAUUCUCUGCUUUGACUGUUUCAUAUUUUCUACAUAUUUUAAGACAACAAAUCUUACAUUUUUGUAGUGACAUUUUGCAGCAAAUGCUGAAUUCUGUUUUUAUUUAGAUGUAGAUUCAUGUUAUUGAUCAUUGUAAAUAGUUGAAAAAGCCUAAUAGUUCAAAAUGAUCCUUUUUUAAACUAAAGCUUGUGUGAGCUCUUUCUUGUCUUUGCUGCUAAAUGAACAGAAGAGUAUGUGCCUAUCUGUGCUACCACAUGGUGGAGAAGCUGAGCCGUGGAGUAGAUGUAGAGUAGAGCGGUGUGCAGGGCCGGUCGGGUGUGACCCUCUGAGAUGGAGAGAACUUAAAUCCGUCGGAUGGGGAAAAAUUGAUGAGACCAUUUUAUAUGGUCCUUCACACCAGGCCAGAUACUAGGACAUCAUCAGCGGAACUAAAAGUGAAAACAAAGGUACUGGGCAUGUAUCCUAUGAAACAAAUAGAUGUUCAGCUUCAUAAUACCGGAAUACAAACGAGACUCCAAAGUGCUUCUGUUUUUUGUUUUUUUAACAGUUGAUAAUGGAAGAUGCUGAUUUGAGUUAAACUGAGAAAUUCAGUUUUUUUCUAUGAAAGAACAUUUGUUCACGUUGUAAAAUUUUGAGUCUGUAUAUUUCGUUUGGUUGAAGAUGGUUUGAAAAGACAAGAUAUAAAAUCACUUUGGAAGCUAUUUGA